GCUCGCCCCUUCCUUUCAUUAAACACACAGGACAGCCCGCAACCCGGACCCGGGCCGAGCCGUGCAGCGCCGAGGCGGUGGAGGCUCGCGUGCGGGAUGGGCGCCGAGGGGGAGCUGUGAUCCCGCGCAUCCUCCGCCGCCCCACGCACGGACACACAGACACACACGCACACACACACAUACUCGCGCGCGCGCGCGCACAUACACACACACACACACACACACACACACACACACACUCGCACACGCCCGCGCCGCACGCUUGCCGGGUCGCUCUCCCACGCAGGCGGAAUGCAGCAGCCCGGCGGGAGCGUGUCUCGGGCCGCUGCCUGAAUGCACCGCGUGCAGGCGAGCCGGGCGACCCAGUAGGGCACACGGGAGGACGCUCCUGCCCGAGAGAAUCACAGGCUCCACUGCCCCACUUUAUUGAUGAGGAAAUCAAGACAAAGAGUGAAGAAACUUACCAGAGGUCACACAGCUAGAGAGGAUCAGGACUGGUCUUCAAACACAAGAUUGUCUUGUUCUAAAGCCUGGACUGUUUUAGAUGGUACAACCUUACUACACAGUGUAAGAAAUGGCUGUAGGAAAUAAUACUCAACGAAGUUAUUCCAUCAUCCCAUGUUUUAUAUUUGUUGAGCUUGUCAUCAUGGCCGGGACAGUGCUGCUUGCCUACUACUUCGAAUGCACUGACACUUUUCAGGUGCAUAUCCAAGGAUUCUUCUGUCAGGAUGGAGACUUAAUGAAGCCUUACCCAGGGACAGAGGAAGAAAGCUUCAUCACCCCUCUGGUGCUCUAUUGUGUGCUGGCUGCCACCCCAACUGCUAUUAUUUUUAUUGGUGAGAUAUCCAUGUAUUUCAUAAAAUCAACCAGAGAGUCUCUGAUUGCCCAGGAGAAAACAAUUCUGACCGGAGAAUGCUGUUAUCUGAACCCUUUGCUUCGAAGAAUCAUAAGAUUCAUAGGGGUAUUUGCAUUUGGACUUUUUGCUACUGACAUUUUUGUAAAUGCCGGACAAGUGGUCACCGGGCACCUAACACCAUACUUCCUGACAGUGUGUAAGCCGAACUACACCAGCGCAGACUGCCGAGCGCACCACCAGUUCAUAAACAAUGGGAACAUUUGUACCGGGGACCUGGAAGUGAUCGAAAAGGCGCGGAGAUCCUUCCCCUCCAAACACGCUGCUCUGAGCAUCUACUCGGCCUUAUAUGCCACUAUGUACAUCACAAGCACAAUCAAGACGAAGAGCAGUCGACUGGCCAAGCCAGUGCUGUGCCUCGGGACACUCUGCACAGCCUUCCUGACGGGUCUCAACCGGGUGUCGGAGUAUCGGAACCACUGUUCUGACGUGAUUGCAGGCUUCAUCCUGGGCACGGCCAUCGCCCUGUUUCUGGGAAUGUGUGUGGUUCAUAACUUCCAAGGAACACAAGGAUCUCCUUCCAAACCCAAACCUGAGGAUCCCCGUGGAGUGCCCUUAAUGGCUUUCCCGAGGAUAGAAAGCCCCCUGGAAACCUUAAGUGCACAGAAUCAUUCUGCCUCUAUGACGGAAGUGACCUGAGACUCUGAGAUGCCACAAGCUGUUUUUUUUUUAAUUUCACCCUCCAAUUGGAUACUUCAAGACACACAGUUACUCAAUGUCAAACUGUGAAGACAAGUAUUAUGUUUAUCUAUUUAGAGGCUAAUGUUUUGUACUUUUUUUUUUUGUAUGAGGAAGUGAUGUAGCUUGCCCUGAUUUUUUUCCUUUUCCUUUAUCCUUUUUUGGCCAGCUUUAAUAUAUUUAUGCCAGACUUUUAAACCAACAAAACUUUCUUCUUGUUCAAGUGUGCAUUGAGGAACCACAUUUAUUCAAUGGUUGACGUUGUUUUGUGAUAUUUGUACACUAAGCUUCUUUUCUCAGUUUUAUAGACACAGAAAUAAAAUUAAUAUUAUAAUUAACUUUAACCUUUUCUUACCACAGUUGCUGCCUCCGGAAUUUUUGAAUUUUAACAAAAGUUGUUAAAACUUUGGAGUUGCAGAGAAGGCAAUGUUGGUUAAUGAUAAGCCUCAAAGUCCAUAGUGCAGAAAGG